AUGACGAACUCCGCAAUCGUCGGCUGCGAGAACGGCAAGUCGUUUUUACACGCAUUUAAAGUGGAAUGUCGUAAAAUUGUACCUAUAUUGACACCGAGUGCCGAGACCCGUCAGCUAUAUUUAGUUACAUCACGAAGUAUUUUUACACCGCUGUGUUGUUGCAGUGUAUAUAGACUUCAGCGAGCCGAGACGCUCAAACUUCUCAGCAUUAUUACGGAAAUGGAUCCGGCAGGGUUAGUCAUGUACAACGUGUCCGAAGAUGCGGAAUACUACUCAGAUUUGACCACGAUGGUUCAUCGGGAUGCUGUAGCGGAACUUGCGACUGUCUCACCAGCAUCUCCCGGACGUCUGUUGUCUGUCGACUACCCGUUCGCAAUCAGCAAACAAUCGACGCCCAGUACCACAGCCAUCAUUGAUUACGCGGUCAGAAACGUUUCUGUGGCUUUGUGCCAUCAACCCAGUGGCAUACCUUCCGUCGACGAAUACUUUACCGCUAUAAACCUGACAGGAGUGACGAUAUUCACGGUUGGUGCAGUGAUCGUGGUCAUGAUCCUCUACCUGUACAUAGAUACUCUGAGGUGUAUCAUUGAAAACGCUCCACCCAUGGUUAAAACUCACUCGGCGUUUAUACUUAGCGUAUACCCGGUCGUUGCAGUGGCCACUUAUUGCGCAAUUCUGGUGCCUAGAGCUCACCUGCUCGCCGAAGCCAUGACUCAAGGAAUGUUUAUGGCUUCGAUGUAUCAACUAUUCUGUCUGUUUAUGGCGUACUGUGGUGGUGAAGCCAAUCUCAUCGCUUCCGUAAAACCACAAUCAUUGGACAUGCAAGUGCCACCCUGUUGCUGUUGGCCAUGCUGCAGUUUUCUACCAAAAUUCACGCUCACCAAGAAACAUCUGAGACACCUGAGAAUGUUGGUGCUACAAUUGCCUGUCGUCCAGGGUUUCGUAUACAUGGUGUUGCUUGUCAUGUGGGCCGAAGAAGAGAGCUUGUAUCAAGUAAACUACAUGUACAUGCAACCGUUCAUCGUGAUAUCCAUCAUAUGCGGCAUGUGGGGCAUCUCGAUGACCAUGCGAGUGCUGGGAGAAAUACUCAAGGAUCAUGGCAUCCAAGGAAAAUUUGUGGUGCUCCAGCUGGUGCUAGUAUUAGCUAAGUUACAGGGACUGGCGUUUAGAGGGAUAGUUUGGGCAGGAUGGUUACCCUGCAAGCCUCCAAUUUCACCCACCGUCUACGCGAAUUUAAUAUACAACUCAACCAUGUUAUGGGAAAUGUUGGUGUUGGCCGCGUUGGCCAGGAAGCUCUACAAAAAGCCAUUGCCAGAACAGUGUUUCGUCGACCCACCGAAGAUCACCUGUUGUGUGGAUAUGCCCAGCAAUCAGGAAAACAACAACAUCAUAACCGGCACGUAUAAUCAGAGUUUCGACAUGAACGUUUAAAAAAUAGACAGUCAUUAUUUAAUAUGAUACGCGAUGGUCGCCGUGGGCUAAUCUUUGGUUUUCAACCACAAUGAUGUACACGUACAUGUUAUAUUAUACUAAUAAUAAUAUAAUACAUGCAUAGGCGUGUGUAGAGUUUAAUUUUAGCAGUAUAUGCAGCUGAUAAAAAUAUGUUAUUGUGCCCACUAAACAUAAUAUGAAUGCCCUAAUAAUAGGCAAAUGCUCAUGUACCGCUGCCUUAAAAAUAUUUAUUAUCACUAUUUACACUUUUUAUUAAAUAAUGAUAGUCUGUUGCCGGCUGGCUACGGGGUGACCUAGGUACUAGGUACAAACACAUAACUCGCAUCUCUUGCACACGCCUAAGCUUGUAUUACGCUGACUUCUCAUUAGCUGCACCUAUUCAAUAUAAAUGUAUAAUAUUAUUUGUUAAUAUAUUAGUAGUGUACACCUAUAUAAGUGUAUGAGCGGAUCUGAUUUUCGUGGUAUUGUCGAAAAGCGUGAGCACACAAGAUCACAAUAUCACAUUAUAUACUCUGUACCUGACACGUUUUUAUACCUACUGUACAUUUUUUAUUUUUAAAUAUACGAAACGUUUUACACUA